GUCAUAAUGCAAACAAAAAACAUAACUCUGAAAAUGUGCACUGUCCUUGAAGUUAAUUGGUCCACACCUUCAAGGACAGUGCACACAUUUUCAGAGUUAUGUUUUUUGUUUGCAUUAUGACUGCAGGUAUUGUGGUCUAUGCAAACAUGACUCCUUGUAACAAGUAUAACCCGUAAAAACAAAGUUUUUCACUAUAAAUCCUUUAUAUGCGUGGCGGCUGGAGUCCUCUCGUCCUCUGGCUUGAGAUGGCUGCCACCUAUGGGUCAGAUGAUUGCAUUGCACCAUUAAGCAAUUGGUAAUUAAAUAUAAUAUUUUUGUCCUAAAAAGUGUAAAAUUUUGGAAAUCUUUUUUUCACGAACAUUAAUUGUCACGCACAACGAGUCUGUGUGAAAAAUGUCAGCUCAAUUGGGUCACGGGAAGUGGGUUAAAAAACGACCGAAAGGUUUGCACGGUCGUAAGCAAGCAAGCACGCAAGCAAGCAAGCGAACUUAAUAUAAAGGAUUUAGAUAUAUUCGCCUGUGGAGGACGCGGGGAUCGAUCCCGCGACCUUUGGCAUGGGAAGCGAGGGCGCUACCAACUGUGCUACUCCACCACGGCCUGUGGAGGGGUUACGCUCUGGGCUCUUACACUCUGACGUUCAGCCAAAGCCAUAAAUGCGUUCUAUUUGAAUAUAUGUAAAAUACAUUUUUUUUCCCUAAAAAGUGUAAAAUUUUGGGAAUUUGUUUUCACGAACAAUAAUUGUCUGGCACAACGAGUCUGUGUGGAAAAUGUCAGCUCUAUUGGAUCACGGGAAGUGGGUUAAAAAACGACCGAAAAAUUUGCACGGUCCUAAGCAAGCAAGCAAGCACGCGAACUUAAUAUAAAGGAUUUAAAAAGGUGUCAGUUUUGUUGCCAGAUAGAAGGGUAAAGAACCAAUUAUCAUAUUUUUACUGGCAAACGAGGUUCCAAUGGUGAGUAUUUAUAUCAGGCAGUCGUGUUGGGCGGUUGGAAGAUGAUGGCACAGAGCAAUAAUCUCGCGACUUGACGAUCCUCGGGCGAACGAAGCCGCAUUUAUUUAUCGCAGUGCGCACACUGGCGACGAGACCUCUGCCAGCUCUGCUUGUUUGAAAGACAAAACAAAAACUGCUGCUCGAAACUCGGCCGUGUUCGCGCGCUGCUCGACCUCCUCGCGUGGAAGUUGUCACGUUUCGAUUGCGCUGAACGUAGCGCCGAGUGGGUGGCCGCAACGGGAAGACGCGUCCCGAAGGACGACGUGUAAAUAACUCCUCGAGCUGUCGAUUACUCGGCUGCAAUAAUCGCCCCCCGGCAGGCAGACUCCUGUGGCAGCGUGGAGGCCAGACGCUAAGCAGAGGUCGCAACCCGAUACCCGAUAUCCGUACCCUACCCGAUACCCGGCUACCCGUACCCGGCCGGGUACGGGUACCCGGCCGGGUACCCGUUUGCGACCCUGGUGCGGCCGGGUACGGGUAGGCCGUGAGUCACUGGUGAGUCACCGUUUGUCACUCAUUUCCCAACGUCUUGUCUCUUCUCACAAUUCAAGUUCCUAGAAUCAACCCACCCGCGCCUGCAACAUGGCUUCAUCCCAGAAGUCGCAAUCGGGUACCCGAUACCCGUAGGGUAUGGGUACGGCCGGGUACGGGUACGGCCGGGUACGGGUACCCGUUUGCGACCCUGGUGCGGCCGGGUACGGGUAAGGAAUCAAAACCCGUUUGCGACCUCUGACGCUGAGUCACCUCGUGCAGCAACAGGAGACGGCUGCCCAACUGGGGGGGGGGGGGGGGUGGUGCUCCCUUUCAAAUGUGUUGAGGUGGCGAGACACGAGAUUUAAGGCGCCCCCGAUAUGCAGAUCAAAACGAAUUGACCCUCGCACGCACGAUGCAGAUAUGCGUACCCUGCACGUAAGAAAGGAUCAUCGACGCUUUGUUAGAGUUGAGCUUGUGUGGUGGGUUGGCACCACUCGUGUCACCUUGACGAAUCUAACCUCGAGAGGGUAGAAAAAGCACUCGGCAGAAAUUGUGUCGGCGUGCCCAUAAGAGACGCCACCCAAAACCAUCGCGCGCUGUCGGGAUGCGCUUCUGUGGCCGUCUGGAACGCUCUUCCGAUAUUCGGAAGCCGCCACUGGAGCUAUUGUGUACUUUCACGUCAUCUCGAUUUAAACUGAUUUCUUCAGCACCCUGCUUUUUGUGUUUCGUUUGUCGCGGUUGGCCACGUACGGUACGAAAUAAGUUCAGAUUGAACUCAACUAAUCGUUUAAAAUCGAUCCCUCUGCUCACGGGGUACAGGCGUCGAAUUAAUUAUUGGCGAUUUGUGAACACGCGCAAAAAGAAGACGCGCGCUCAUGGAGCGAGCGAACAAAGGAGACGCGGCACGGGAGGGGUGGUCAUCAACACGGGCGAUCCGCGAGACAAAUGAGACCAACCCGAUUCUCGAAUAGAAUCGUGAUCCGGAAUCGCAAACAAUGCGCGUUGAAUCACCCGCAGAGACACGGAGACACACAGAGGCACGCACGGACAGACACAGACACGGAGACAUACAGAGGCACACAGAAGCACAGACAGACAGACACAGGCACACACAGACACGGAGACACACAGAGGCACGCACAAACAGACACGGGCACACACAGACAGACACAGGCACACACAGACACGGAAACACACAAAGGCACGCACAGGCAUACACAGACACGGAGACACACAGAGGCACAGACAGACACAGGCACACACAGACACGGAGACACACAGAGGCACAGACAGACACAGGCACACACAGACACGGAGACACACAGAGGCACACACGGGCACACGGAGACACAGAGGCACACAGAGGCACAGACAGACACAAGCACACACAGACACGUAGACACACAGAGGCACGCACACAAAGACACAGAGGCACACACACAAAGACACAGGCACACACAGACACGGAGUCACACAGAGGCACACACAGACACGGAGACACACAGAGGCACACACAGACACGGAGACACACAGAGGCACACACGGGCACACACGGAGACACAGAGGCACACACGGGCACACACGGAGACACAGAGGCACACAGAGGCACAGACAGACAUAGGCACACACAGACACGAAGUCACACAGAGGCACACACAGACACGGAGACACACAGAGGCACGCACACAAAGACACAGGCACACACACAAGGACACAGGCACACACGCAAAGACAGAGGCACACACAGACACGGAGUCGCACAGAGGCACACACAGACACGGAGACACACGAAUGCUUUUCCAUCAUCGUACAGGUGUUAUAUUCUGCGUUAUAUCGGGGGGGGGGGGUUGCUGUAUUGGCAGGACAUAACUUCGUGCUACGUCAGGGAUGGUGAAAGAUGUCUACAACUGUGACGAUUCGUUGCACGUGGCGAUUGUAAGUGCGUGCGACGCUUCCUUGCGUGAUGCGUGAUGAGCGUUGCGUAGACGAAUGCGGUCGAGUGUGACGAUUACUCCAACCCCUCUUAGCAAUUGUCGGGAGUUACAAUUUGAUUUUUUUUAAACUUCGAAAUUUUUUGUCUACAUUGUCCGCAGGGAUCAUUUUAAACCCCCAUUUAGGACAACACAUAAAUAACAACAUUAGUCGAUUCGCUCACGUGCAUCUAUGCAUUGUCGCACACCCUACUGUUGUGGAUUUUUUGUACGUUUCAACGUAAAGAAAAAAGUGGUUUUAAUUGUCCUGUUAAGGUCCUCGGAUUGUUUACCUUUUUAAUGUACGGGCCUCACAUUUGUAUUAAAGCGAAAGUGUCUUGA